CUUGUCUCGAGGCGAGCAAAAGAAGGGAAAACUAAAACCCUUACAAAGUCUCUGCCAAGAUAUCGCGAUUGCACAGACUUAUAACGAUAUUCUAUCUCUUCUUUUAUCCGAAGGAGCCCUUUAUAAACAACCAAGAGAACAGAAUCGUGCUCAAAGGCGGGCUAUGGUGCAGGUGAAAACAUUGAAGGAGUUAAUUGAAAGACAGCGCUUUUCGCCAAUUCGGUCAGACUCGCUCUCCUUGAGCAGUUUUACAAUACAGGAAAAGAGGGAACUCUCUUUGAACCUCGCAUGGUGUUUUCUAUAUCUUUUCGAUUGUCCUUGGACAGACAGCAGUUGGUCUGCUGACACCAUCUCGCUUCUACUCUCAGCCACCGAAUCCUCGAGCUCUCUCGAAUUCGAGAUACCACCUUAUAUCCGUUGUGGUCCGAAAUGUGACCCAUCUAAAAAAAAUGAUGAUUUAGGCAUAAUGAUACAUGAUUCCUCGUUUCUUUCUUUGGGAAAGCUUCUCGUGGAAAUGGAGCUAGGCAGGCAGAUCACUCCUACAGAGUGCAAUAGACGUGGGCAGCCAAGUCUCUGGCUGACUCUUGACAAAAUUCUUAGCGAAGAUGGAAUGCUCUCUGCAUGCGAAGACUAUCUCAAGGCAAUCGAGGGAUGCCUCGAGUUGCAUCGAUCUAUUGUCGAAUUGGCACCAGAAGAAAGGGCAGCGGAAUCCGCAAAGCUCAUUUAUGAUGCAAUAGUUGCGAACCUAGAGAAAGACUAUGAGCACUAUCGUAAGCCAAAUAGGAAACGAAAACGCAGCGAUAUUCGACCACCAGUAAACCCAGCGCUGAAUUCAUCUCCUUCAGCUGAUGUAUUUGCUGUUCAGAUGGCCAAGUCUCACAAUGAACAAGUGCGAGAUGGUUACGCAGGAGGCUUCGGGGAUACGCCAGCUACUACAUCCGAAGAUUCUAAGAAACCUGAUAGCCACAUAUGGUCAAGCUUUCAACCCGAAGCAACUGUUGUUACUGAAGACCAAGGAUUUGAGCAGACAUUGAAACGCGCCCGAGUCGGAUUACGGUGUACUAUCUCCAAAAGUACAAUGGCAACUAGAUCCAGCUUACGUGCAGAUUCCAGCAGUAUCGAUACUUCUUCUUCCACUUCCUCGGUUUUUUCCCAGAUAUUUGACGACAUAGAACCUGAUAUAGCCACCGCAGAUGCCAGGUAAGGUCACAUUGUCAGCUUGAAAGGAGAGAGUCAAGGUUGAUACGAAG